AUGGAGAAGCUCAAACACAUCGCAAGCGAUCCAGGAUACACCCAACCAUCAAGGUCGAAGCUGACGCUGCGUGUACUGCAACUGCUGGACUUAUCAAGGCGCUUCAAAUGCCUAGGCGAAAGUAUCCACGGAGGUUUCCAGAAAGGAUCACCGCGAAUCGGCAAGAUCGAAGACAUUCGCUUGUUCUAA